AGGCUCACUCGUGGCGGAGCCGCGGUGCCGAGAGGAGGAGGAGGAGGAGGAGGAGGAGGAGGGACGCAGCCAGAGAGAAACUUGUUUUGGGGAUUAAUAAGAGGCAGGAGGAGGGAGAGGUGCACACAGGGAAACAUCUGGACCAUGAAGGUGGCCUUCAGAUUGCUUCUCCCGCUUGUUCUUGUGCUGAUCUCGGAGGUGAGCGGGCAGCGGAGGAAGCCUCCCCGGAAACCCACCCGCCCGCCUCCCGAGUUCGUUGAGCCCGUCGAGCCCACAGAGCUGCCUCCACCCCUGCCGCCGGGUCCCCCCUCCAUCUUCCCCGACUGCCCCCGAGAAUGCUACUGCCCCCCAGACUUCCCCUCUGCCCUCUACUGUGACAGCCGCAACCUGCGGAAGGUCCCCAUCAUCCCGUCCCGCAUCCACUACCUCUACCUCCAGAACAACUUCAUCGACGACCUCCCGGAGGAGUCCUUCAGGAAUGCCACGGAGCUGAAAUGGGUCAACCUAGACAACAAUCGCAUCCGGAAGGUGGACAGGCGGGUCCUGGAGAAGCUGGAAAACCUCAUCUUCCUCUACAUGGAGAAGAACCAGCUCAAGGAGGUGCCUGCCUUCCUGCCGCCCAACCUGGAGCAGCUGCGUCUGAGCAGGAACCAGAUCUCCAAGAUCCCUGCUGGGGUCUUCAGCAAGCUGGAGAACCUGGUGCUCUUGGAUCUGCACCACAACAAGCUAAGCGAUGGGGUCUUCAACAAAAACACCUUCAAGGGACUCAAGAACCUCAUGCAACUCAACCUUGCCCACAACAUCCUGAGGAAAAUGCCCCCCGGAGUGCCCAGUGCCAUCCACCAGCUCUUCCUGGACAGGAACAACAUUGAGGACAUCCCCAGUGACUACUUCAAGGAGUUCCCCAACCUGGCAUUCAUCCGGCUCAACUACAACCAGAUCUCUGACAAGGGGCUCCCCAAGAACUCCUUCAACCUCACCAACUUGCUGGUGUUGCACCUGGCCCACAACAAGCUCACCAACGUCCCUUUCAUCAGCCCCAAGCUGGAGCACCUCUACCUGAAUAACAACUCCAUUGAAAAAAUCAACGGGACACAGAUCUGCCCCACCUCGCUGAUGUCCAUCCAGGACUUCUCCCCCUCCGACCUGGACAGCGUGCCCCGGCUCCGGUACCUGCGGCUGGACGGGAACCUCCUGAAACCCCCCAUCCCCUUGGACCUGAUGAUGUGUUUCCGCCUCCUGCAGUCCGUGGUUUUCUAGCCCUGCCUGGCAGCGCGUCUCUCCCAGGACUUGGCUUUGCACAGAGACUCGACCCCCGUCGGUGUUUGACACGUGGGACCCUCUUUGCCUCCCUCUCCCUCUGCUCACACCCCGCCUCCAUCCCUCUUGCCUUUCCCCCUUUCCUCCCCUGCAGUGGCGGUGGGCAUGCGUGGCAUGUGCAUCCUUAGGGACCGCUGUCUGCAGGACAGCACCGCGUCGCAGCAGCCAUCCCAGGUCGCAGCAUCAUCCCGGAGUGGCUGCCAUGCUCACCCCAGUUCCCUGCCUGUGGGCCCUGCCUUCUCUGCCCUCACCCAGGCCAGUCCUGGAGCUGGUUCUGUCUCUCCCCUCCCACCCAGCAGAGUUUCAGGAGGUUGGAUUUGGUCCAAGCCAGAGGCAUCUCAGGAUGGAGCUGACGAGGGAGCCCAGGGGCCACCUCGCUGCAGGACUCGGGUCAUACCAUUGCUCCGGGUGGCUGCACCCAGAGAGCCCACGAUGUCCCUGGGGAAAAAUCCCCUGUGACGGAGGUGGAGCAGGGAUGCCCUGGGCUGGUGUGGAUGGCCACCCUGCAGCCUCGGGGCGCAGGGUGAUGCCAGCCGGGUGUACCGGCGGUGGGUGGCUGGGGGAGCAGGAUCCGUGCAGGCGGAGGGUGACCGGGUCUGGCGCUGACCGGCAGGACCGGCAACGACACCUCGUGGCCAGAGCCACGUCCCAGGGCCCCGGGCGAGGGAUGCGCUUCUCCUGCCUGGGCCCUCCUGGGGGGCUUUGGCCUUGGCUCCGCAUUGCUCUGGAGGCCGAGGGGCUUAUUCCCUCGUGGUGGUGUGAAUUUGGCAGGAGGGAGUGGGGAGGGUGCCCGGCCCCUGCAGCUGGAGCUGGGCUCUCCUGCACCCCGCGUGGGUUGCACCUUCCCCGCAGCAAUACACCACGCACCCUCCUUUGCAAGACCAGCCCCCUCCCGCAGCCCCCUCCCCGACUUUCAUCCUUCCCAGGCCCCCCCGGCAGCAUCAGUCCACAGUGCCGCAGCCCCCUCCCAGCAUCCUGCAUCCUCCCCCCGCCCCGUGCUGCGGAGAUGCAGGGCUCAGCGCAUCGGCCGCGCUCCGCUGCUUCCAGCUAAAAACCCUGGCCUCCCCGAUGUAGGCAGGACCCAAAGCCUGUGGGACCCCGAUGCUGGCGACCUGCCCUGGGCACGGGACCCCCCCCCCCCCCGGGGGCAGAGCAGAGCCAGCUGCUUUGCAGCGAUGCCAGCGGGACACUUGCUUUCGUAUUUAGGUACCUGGGGCCAGAUGCUGACGUGGGUGUAAACCCGGGCUCUGCCAGGGCUGGGUUGACCUGUGAGAUCUCCGCUCUGCUCUCAGUCCUUCUGCCUUCCUGCCUUGACUCCCAUCUCCUGGAAGUUUUACUCUCUGUUGCUUUCUUGAACCAAACACACAUGACUGGUUUUGCCUUGUUUUUUUAGAAAAAGGGAAAGAAAAAGAAAAGGGAAGAAUUACUCUUUUGGAAAAGCUAUUUUUUAUUCCCCCUUCUCCCUGUUUUCACAUGUAUCGCUUCCCUCUUCGAUAGCUGUACCCGCAUAUAUAGGGUGUCUGGGUUUAGGGGUGGUUAUACUUUUUUUUUUCUUCCUGAUUCUCAGGAUGUAGUUUUAAGGCCAAACAUGAGAGAAAAAAAACAUCCAACUGAAAUAAACAUUAAAGCAAUAAACCAAAGAAACCAGCCGUUACCUCCUUUGUGUUCAGCCACCAAAACUGACCCUUCUCCGAGACGGGCACGGACGGGCACUGUGUCCCGCUCCCCGGGAAUGGGACAGGGAUGCUCCCCGCAGCCUGGGGACACACCAGCGACCCUGCGAGCUGGGUGCUCCCCCCUUCCCAGCGCUGGAAGGUUCAUUAAACCCCCGUGCUAAUUCAGGCUUGUUUUCUCAUGAUUAAAGUCUCAUCUCCAAAUCUUCCUCCAGUGGGCUUUAUUGGGUUUGACAGGUUUCAACCUUAAACCCGGAGACCCUAUGUAUAUAUUUAUAUAUAAUGUGUAUAUAUACUGGUAGACUGUACAGAUAUAUCUAGAGACAUAUGUAGUUCUCGACUGAUUUCAACUUAAUGGUAUUUUCACUCCUACUCUCCGCAGCAGUGAAAAUAAAAUGAUUCACAAGGGACCCA